ACAGAUCCUUUCUGCUGCUAAAGAACUGGGACACCUUUCCAAACUGAAGGAUCACAUGGCAGGAGACGCUAAAAGCCUGACGCCCAGGCAGUGUGCCGUCAUGGAUGUGGCUCUGGAUACCAUCAAGCAAUACUUUCAUGCGGGCGGGAACGGCUUGAAGAAGACUUUCCUGGAGAAGAGCGCUGAGCUUUCGUCGCUCCGCCACGCUCUGUCGCUCUACACCCAGACCACCGACACGCUCAUCAAAACCUUCGUGACCACGCAGCAUUCACAGGUGCACAAUGGGAAGGGUAUUAGGUUAACCCCUAAUGAGAAAAUCCAGCCCAGCAGGGGCUCAGGUGUGGACAAACCCAUCGGAGAGGUUUCCCUGCAGAUUGAGCUGUACACUCAUCCCAAGAGCGGAGAGCGGAAAGUUACUCUCAAAGGUCCGUUUGGGCUCAUUUUGAAGCAAAAAUCAAAGCUGGAGCAUUUCAGUGUCAUUUCUGUUUAA